AUGAAUGGUGGAUAUUGUGGGAUUGUGGUAUUUAAAGGCAUCUUUUUCACAAAUGGAGGUGUUUGGAAAACCAUUGGUUGUUCUCUCGCCAUUUGGUGUAACAUUGGUGUUUGUGAGAUAACCGACAUGCUACUGAUGUUGUCCAUCGUUGGUGGUGUUGUGCUGCUUGAGAUCACCGUCAGCUAUGGUAUUUGCGUGGAGGAGCUUUGUGCCAUUACGGCGGUGGAGGAAAUUGGUUCUUCGGUGGUCGGCCUCCAUAAUUCGUUUGUUGGAGCAGUGGUCAUCGUUGGGUCGUCCUGUUGUGAUGCUCCACCGGUAACUGGUGUGAGAAGUGGAGUGAUAACUGGUUCCAACGACAUCAUAUAUCUGAUGGGGCUUGUCGGUAUCCCACCAGCCCCGCCGAUGUCGCUGGAUGCUAUCUUCGAGUGUUGA